ACAGGCAGAGCCGCGGGAGCAGCUGAUUGGCCAGCGUCACAGCGGCGACGUAACACGACACUCCAAUUAGCUUCUUGUGAAUGAACCGAUAAACUUAGGGUACCGGGCUGAGAUUGAUUUAUAUUUGCGCGUCUGUUAGAUCGUGAAAAUCUGCUUGGUGUCAAUUUGCGUAUCGCUGAGAUCCAAAUUCCUGCCACUAAGAUGACCGUAAACCCCAGCGGACGGAGACUGAGGCAGUGGCUGAUAGAGCAGAUUCACAGCAACCGGUACCCGGGACUGUUGUGGGAAGAUGAGGAUCGGACCAUGUUCCGAAUUCCAUGGAAACACGCGGGGAAACAGGACUACAACCAAGAAAUCGAUGCGUCAAUUUUCAAAGCCUGGGCUGUGUUUAAAGGGAAGUUUAAGGAGGGGGACAGGGCUGAGCCGGCCACCUGGAAAACCCGGCUCCGCUGCGCUCUGAACAAAAGCCCGGACUUCGAGGAGGUGACCGACCGGUCCCAGCUGGACAUCUCUGAGCCUUACAAGGUCUACCGCAUCGUCCCAGAAGAGGAGCAAAAGAGCAGAGGGGCUGUGGUGAUUCACGGAGGCGGGGGCUCCAGCGACGUCCACAGCAUGGACUGCAGCACUGCCGAACUGGAGGAGCUCAUCAAGGAAUCCUCACAUGAUGAAUACCUGAGCAUCAUCAAGAAGAGCCACUCCCCAGAGGAGGCCCCCAGACCCACCCCCCCAGCCCAGGAGUGGUGGUCACACAGUAACCUGCGCUCCAUCCCAGUGAGCCAGGACCCUCCCCCAACUGGGAACUUUAGUGCAGCCUUCUCCCAAAUGAUGGUCACCUUCUUCUACGGAGGCAAGCUGGUCGGCAGCACGCUGAGCACUCACCCCGAGGGCUGCCGCAUCUCGCUGCCGCCGCCCGCAAUGGCCGUGGAGGCGCUGUACGGGCCUGAGAGUCUGCAGAACAUUCGCUUCCCAUCGGUGGAGCUGAUCGAGCAUGAGCGGCAGCGCCACGUGACCCGCAAGCUCUUCGGACACCUGGAGCGCGGCGUGCUGGUGCGCGCCAACCGCGAGGGCGUCUUCGUCAAGCGUCUGUGUCAGAGCCGCGUCUUCUGGAGCAGCCAGGGUUCGCAGUACAACCCCGGGCCCUGCAAGCUGGAGAGGGACGCCGUCGUCAAGAUCUUUGACGUCGGCAGGUUCCUGCAAGCUCUGCAGAUGUACCGGGAUGGCCACUAUCCGGCACCUGACCCCAACGUCACCCUCUGCUUCGGGGAAGAGUUCCACGACAUCAGCGCUGCCAAGAACAAGCUGAUAAUCGUUCAGAUCACCCCACUCACCUGCCAGCAGCUGCUGGAAGAGGUUAAUAUCCAUCGGUCCCCAUACAGCAGUGGGAAUAUGGACAUGGCAGAUGAGUCGCAGAACGAGCAAGUGGCACGUAUUUUCCAGGAGCUCUGCAGCUACUCCAUGCCACAGCGCCUCGGCUUCAGAGAGAACAUGCCAAUCACCGUCUGAGGCACCAGUCCCCCUCUGCCUGCCUCGAACAGGACAAGGAACCUGCCAAUCACAAUCUGAGGCAUCAAUCCCCCACUGCCUGCCUCAAACAGGACAAGGAACCUGCCAAUCACAAUCUGAGGCACCAAUCCCCCACUGCCUGCCUCAAACAGGACAAGGAACCUGCCAAUCACAAUCUGAGGCAUCAAUCCCCCACUGCCUGCCUCAAACAGGACAAGGAACCUGCCAAUCACAAUCUGAGGCACCAAUCCCCCACUGCCUGCCUCAAACAGGACAAGGAACCUGCCAAUCACAAUCUGAGGCACCAGUCCCCCUCUGCCUGCCUCGAACAGGACAAAGAGCCUGCCAAUCACAAUCUGAGGCACCAAUCCCCCACUGCCUGCCUCGAACAGGACAAGGAACCUGCCAAUCACAAUCUGAGGCAUCAAUCCCCCACUGCCUGCCUCAAACAGGACAAGGAACCUGCCAAUCACAAUCUGAGGCACCAGUCCCCCUCUGCCUGCCUCGAACAGGACAAAGAGCCUGCCAAUCACAAUCUGAGGCACCAGUCCCCCUCUGCCUGCCUCGAACAGGACAAGGAUCCUGCCAAUCACAAUCUGAGGCACCAAUCCCCCACUGCCUGCCUCGAACAGGACAAUGAACCUGCCAAUCACCAUUUUAAGCACCAAUUCUGUCGCUGCCUGCCUCAAACAGGAAAAAGAGUCUGCCAGUCACCAUCUGAGGCACUAAUCCUUCCUUACCCACUUUGGAGAGAAUAAGAAACCUGCCAAUCAUUGUCUGAGUCACCAUUCCCUCCACUGCCUUCCUCAGAUAGGACAGAGAACCUGCCAAUCAUUGUCUGAGUCACCAAUCCCCCUUGCUUGUCUUGGACAGGACAGUAAACCUGCCAUUGGUUAUAUAACUGCCCAGCCCCCAGGAUGAUGCACCCAUCAGCGUUCAGAAAAAUUACCUGAGUUGUUCUUUAUCAUAUGUUGACAAAAAAAGUCAUGAAGUGAUGAAAAAAGUCUGCAGACUUUUGCUUGCCCUUUGAGCAUCCGGGACUUUGCUCUAAUGAUCCUUCCAGUAGCCAUUCAAACUGAAUUAGCACAAUACAUCUUUCUGUUUGUCUGAUUGUGUACUUCCUUUCUUAAAUGAGCAUUUGUAGUUUUGUAAUAAACUGUUUUGCAAACUAAAUGAAAUUGAAAUGGAAAAAAAAUCUGCAUUAAUAAAGUCUUUCUUAAAGCA